AUGGGCCCAUCAGGUAAAGGGAAACGUCUGAUUAUCGCACACAUUGGCAGCAAAGCAGGGUUCGUUGAAGGAUGUUUGUCAACUUUCGAAUCCAAGAAAAGUGGAGGUUAUCAUGAGGAGAUUUGCGCCGAAAUCUUCGAGAAGUGGUUUCAAGAUGUUCUUCCUCGGCUUCAGGAAAAUGCAGUUAUUGUUCUUGAUAACGCUCUGUACCAUUCUCGGAGAAAAGAAAAAGUUACCAAUGCGAAUUCCAAUAAGCACGAAAUAUCAGAGUGGCUAAAAUCUAAAAACAUCGAUUUUGAAGACGGUAUGUUGAAGAAAGAACUUUUAGAUAUAGUUAAAAAUCACAGAACGGUGCACAACGAAUACGCAAUAGAUGAAAUGGCGAAGAAUGCAAGGAAAACUGUUCUCAGAAUUCCUCCGUACCACUGUGAAUUAAACGCCAUCGAGUUAGUGUGGCCCAGAAUCAAAGGCUAUGUUGCAGCGAAAAACAAAACAUACAAAAUGCCAGAAGUUGAAGUACUGCUAGAAGAAGCAGUAAGAACAGUGACUGCAGAGGAUUGGAACAAGUGCGUCCUCCAUGUCUUAGAAAAAGUGGAAACUCAAAAUGUGGAAAUUAGACUGAGGAAUGGCUGCAUCUCUGGUUCAAAUUACCAGAACCAGGCUGAAAGAUACUACCUUCAAACUCCUUUCCAGAAGAUAACUUCUUGUAAAUCUUGA